UGACGAUGUUUGCGCGAGACGCGCAUGCGCACUCGCCCUUCCUUCUGUUCUGUGCAACGUCAGCGGCGCCGACAUCUUCCCCGAGACCCGAGACUCUCGCACACAGAAAAAACAAUGGAUCAGGUCAUGCAAUUUGUGGAGCCCAGCCGCCAGUUUGUGAAAGAUUCUAUCAGACUAGUAAAAAGAUGUACUAAACCUGACAGGAAAGAAUUUCAGAAGAUUGCUAUGGCAACAGCUAUUGGGUUUGCCAUCAUGGGAUUUAUUGGUUUCUUUGUAAAACUCAUCCACAUCCCCAUUAACAACAUUAUUGUUGGUGGUUAGACUUUCCAUCUAACUUCAGGAGGCGGUUAGGGGGGGCAAUGAAGAUGGGAGGACACCAAGAACAGUUCAUUGUUUCAUUCUUUGUUUGUAUUCUGUGUUUUUAUUUGGCUGCACCAAAAGAAUAACGAUCAUUUUGAUUUAAAUAAAGCUGUUUAAUUGAU